AUGGCUGAAGUUUCGCCAAUUCUCAAUGUGCCCCUCGAAAUUCUCCAGUACAUCUUCGACUACUUGCCCGAUACCGACCUGCCAAAUUUGAGGCUGGUGUCAAGAGAUAUGUCCACCGCGGUCUUCGAUAUGUUCGCCGAGAAUUACCUCGAGACUCUGUACUGCUUUUUCCCGAACCCAAAGCGACUGUUACGGCUCAAGGCUCUGAGCUCCACGCCUCAUCUCGUCCGCAAGAUCAGAGCAGUCAAAUUCUGCUUGGUCGCGCUUGAAAGUACGGAUCUCUGUGACAUUCCCACCGUGCCAAACAAGCCCGAUGGAGCCAUGUCAUGGGAGUGUCAUCUGAAAAAAGCUCAAGAAGGCGACUUCGAAAGAUAUCUCGCUCAAGAACAAAAUCUCCACUUCGAACCUUCGGACCAGUCUUUGCUUUCAUCUAUCUUUCUCGACCUUGCGAAGACCGAAUGUGUCAAGGUCAGCCUUUUUUUGCACGGUCUCCACGAACCGGAUACGAAACUCUUCACAAACAACGCUGCGGUCGUGUCGGGGAUUUUGAAUACUCCUGGUCUCCCAAGUCUUCACAACCUCUUCGUGGAGUGCGUUGACUGGCGAUUGGAGGAUGCCGUGAAAGUCUUGCAGCAUUCGCAGCAAACGCUCCGAGCGGUGGUUUUGGACAGCUGCGGGCUCAUUGGGGAAGCGACACCUUGGACAGAGGUGUUUGAGGGGUUGCUUGCUUGCCCCAACCUCGAAUAUCUCGUAUGCGCGCAGUUGUUCGACACGUCGGUCCUAUUCUUGACUGCUCAGCUCGUUGGGGCGUCUGGGGAGUGCGUACUUGAACGGGAAGCUGAGGGACACCACGACGUUCAGAGAGCAUUGGAAGAGAACAUUGUGUAUGGCCUGCCGUACGAUUCGGAAUGA